GCGUGCGUAUGUGUGUGUGUGUCCUACCCGGCCGCAUGAGAUGAGCUGCCUGCAGUCUUUGCAGCCACUGUUUUCGCCUCCUCCUCCUCCUCCUCCUCCUCUUGCCUCUGUCUAUCUGUCCAGUCCGGGAAUGUUGACCACCGUGGCCUGAUCCAGCGCUGUCGAGUGUCCCUUCAUCUCAAGACUGCCACUCCGGUUUGUGUCUCUGAGGGUCGUAGCCUGCCUGAGCUGAUCUGGCUGUAAAGGUAGUUUGCUCUGCCCAUCUUCUGUCACAACUGAUCCAACCGAGCAAAUUGUACAAAGGAACUGAGAAACACAAAGCAUGGCUGUGGCCGGAUGUCCGGAUUAUUUCCUGCAUCAUCCAAAUUAUCAGCAGGACAAUAUAGACCGGUCCUCCAAUCACAGACAAGCUGACCUCAUUGGUCCGAGCUUCCAGCAGUCGACCAAUCGGAAUUCUCCUAACCAUCAAGAGGAUGACGUCGAUUUAGAGGCCCUGGUGAAUGAUAUGAACUCCUCGUUGGAGAGCCUGUACUCCACCUGCAGUGGUCAGCAGACAGAGUCCACCCCACUACUGCACAACGGACAGACCUCUUCCUCACACCAACACCACCACCAUCAUCAUCAUCAAACACAAAACAUCCAUCCACGGCAGGGCCAGCACUCGCACGUGAUAAGCCACGUCUCCCCAGAGCCUCCCUCCUCCUCCUCCUCGUCCACGGACUCACCCCAAACAAGCCUCCGACGGUCACAACCCAUGCACAUCCUCGCUGUCAGGCGGCUGCAGGAGGAGGAGCAGCAGCUGAGGACAUCAUCUCUCCCGGCCAUCCCGAAUCCCUUUCCUGAGCUCUGCAGUCCAGCAAGCUCACCUGUCCUCAGUCCUGGGUCCCUACCUCCUGGAGAACCCUCUACUGGCAAAUAUAUUGUGAAGAUCUUCAGUGAAGACGGCAUGGGUAAAGUGGUGGAGAUCCCAGCCGACAUGACAGCCAGGGACCUUUGCCAGCUCCUGGUGUAUAAAAGCCAUUGUGUGGACGACAACAGUUGGGCACUUGUUGAGCACCACCCGCUGCUAGGUCUAGAGCGCUGUCUAGAAGACCAUGAGUUGGUGGUUCAGGUCCAGGCUUCUAUGAACAGCGACAGUAGAUUCCUCUUCAGAAAGAACUAUGCCAAAUAUGAAUUCUUCAGAAACCCCCUGACAUUUUUCCCAGAGCACAUGGUUGCAUGGUGCCAGGAAACCAAUCGUAUGAUUCCACCAUCUCAGCUCCUGCAGAAUUUUCUAGCGACCAGUAGUUGUCCAGAAAUCCAGGGGUAUCUGUACGUGAAGGAGGUGGGAAGAAAGUCAUGGAAGAAAGUUUACAUGUUCCUGCGGCGCUCAGGACUCUACUGUUCUACAAAAGGAACUUCAAAGGAGCCCAGACAUCUACAGUUACUAGCAGACCUAGAAGACAGCAACAUCUUCACUGUCAUCACAGGCAAAAAGCAGCACGGUGCACCCACAGACUACGAGUUCUGUAUUAAGCCCAAUAAAGGCCGAGGGGAGUUGAAGGAGUUGAGGAUUCUGUGUGCUGAGGACGAACAGGGCAGGACGUGUUGGAUGACUGCCUUCCGACUCUUUAAGUAUGGGAUUGUAUUGUACCAGAAUUAUAAGAUUCCUCAACAAAGAAAAACCUUGCUCUCACACUUCUCAGCACCUGUGCGUAGUGUAUCAGAGAACUCCCUUGUGGCGAUGGACUUCUCAGGGAGGAUAGGCAGGGUGAUUGACAACCCUGUGGAGGCUCAGAGCGCCGCCAUGGAGGAGGGGCAUGCAUGGAGGAAGAGGAGUCAACGAAUGAACAUAUUAGGCUCCCACAGUCCACUACAUCACUCCUCAUUAAGUUCAGUCAUCCACAUAGCUCAGCUGUGGUUCCAUGGCAGGAUAACCAGAGAAGAAUCCCAUCGUAUUAUCCACCAGCAGGGACAAGUAGAUGGGUUGUUUCUGCUGAGAGUCAGUCAGAGUAACCCCAAGGCGUUUGUGCUCACAUUGUGCCAUCACCAGAAAAUCAAACAUUUCCAGAUUCUACCGUGUGAAGAGGACGGCCAAGUCUUCUUCAGCCUUGAUGACGGCGCCACCAAAUUCACCGACCUGAUUCAGCUGGUCGAGUUCUACCAGCUCAACAGAGGAGUGCUGCCUUGUAAACUCAGACACCCAUGCACCGUCGUGGCCUUAUGACACCUACGGAUCAUCUGACCCAUGAUCCCUAUCACUUGACCUCCCUUGACUCUGCCUAAAACAAACAUAACAAAAAGAAUCUUUCUGUUGGUUGGUUCUUUUUGUUUUUAUCUUUAUAAGAAGCUGGUGAAUUGACUGAUGUUUCGUUGUUGUCGUUUUAUAUUGUCGAGAGUCCGCCGGAGACUGAUGACCUGUUGGAUUCCUUUUGGUUUGCAUGGAAGUCAAGGAGUCGGAUACACAACUUGCUUGAGAAGUUACUGUGUCAAGAAGAGAGAAGAUAAAGGAAAUGAACACUGCCGUUUGUGUCAAUGCUGUCGCAAAAUCUUCCACAAUCUUGCUACCCGUAGUCAUCAAUAAGCUUGGACCCUGUGACCCUCAAGGUUUUCUCUUAGUGUAGACUGUAUUUCCCUUCAACUGGACAAUCAGCAGAACAAUUCUAGCUUUCACGUGGACCACUCUGCUCUCUGAGAACAAACAGUAGUCUCAUUCAAACUUUUCAUCACUCAUCCUCAACGAAUAUACUGUAGAUGGAGAGUUGAUUGUCUCUUAGUUUUGCACUCAUCAAACUGGGAGUGGCCUUUGAGGGUGCAUGACUUCCCCCGCUGUUGCAUUACUUAACUGUGAGAAGAAGGUGCCACCGCCCUCUAGUGUCAUAGGCACGUAAGGACAUGUCAAAAUUCAACAUUGAUGAAAUAUGGAGGCGUCAGAAAGAGUGUGGCCUCUGAAUCCUUUUGAGCUUUUGGAGAAAUCAGAAGUUUGUCGGGACAAAAUAGCCUGGAGAAAACGGCUAAGGAAAAAUCUGGAAUUGUUGAAACAAAGUAUUUUUUUAUUAGUGGACAACACAGAAUCUGUGUUGUCCAUUCUCACAGAAAAUCUCAUGCUCAUCUCUGACCGCACAGGGUUUCUUUUUCUUUUUGACACAUUCAUUGCAGUUAUUAUUUCAAUAUUCUCUUUAUAAAUGUGUUUAAAGUCCACCUUCUGCAUCCUGGAUAUGUGUAACUCUUCAUUAUCCACAUAAGCUACAAAAAGGUCAUCCUGUAUUUGUUAAUUCUAUUGCACGCUCCAGUUUCCUAAAGUAUUUCCAAUUGCAACUUCCACAUAAUGCAUUUAUCAUACCAUGGUGACAUUCAGGGUGAAAUGAGUAAUAAAGCUAAAUGAAUUAUGUAACCAGGUAGACAGUUUUGGUGAUUGUAAUGUUGAAAAGUGAAACCAGGCAACUAUUUGGAAAUGCAGCCAAUGCUGUAGGUUCAUCCACUUUCUUAUACUGCAGACAAAGGUAUAAGGCUAUCAGUUGCAUUAGAUAAAGCUGGAUGAAUGAGAGAAUCAUUCUUUUGUCUGAUUGUCCUCACAACAGCAUAGGGAAGGAUAACCACUAGCAUUUCCUUUAUGACUUUUACCCAAGUAACUGUCAGCAAAUCACACUCUAUUUUUCUUUGUCAAACAAAACUAGUUCAGACCAGAUGUACAGCAGAGCCUCUUCUCACAUGCUGUAUGUUCCCCAAGUCAGUAAAGUGCUGUAAGAGUAUUAGAUAUAGUCCUGUGCCCUUAAACAUAAAUGCGGUUAGGAAUAUGAAUUAGUGUGCUCUAACUCCACAUUAAUAGUAGACAUUAUCUGGAAUGUAAUGCAUGUAAUGCAUAGAUUACAUUCCAGAUAAUGUGGCCUUUUCUACUUGGAAGUACUGAGCAAAUAGUACAUCUACUGCGCACCUGCACCACUGGACACUAGACUGUCAACUAAUCGUUAUCUGCAAGUACACGAAUGCUAGUUCACUUUUUUGCAGUGAUAAAUUAUCCCAGCCUCUCCUUCUCUUUGUCCUCUCUGCCUGGCUCAUUACACUUUCUUUAGCUUAUCGUUGGAUAAAGUGAAAAUACCCUCUCAUCGGUGUGGUAGAAACACAAUACUGGAAGUGUUAGGACUCUGACUUCAAAAAUAUUACAGGACCCUUUUUUAACCCAUGUCCGUUCAUUUGAGUUUACUGACCUGAUAUCUGGUACAAGAUGUGUUUUCAAGUGACAAUUAUGAGAUCACCAGUCAGAGAGCAAGGGGCAACAAACUCUCACUGAGUUAGUUUGAGGGCACUGGCUAUGCCUACCUUUUAUCCUAAACAGUACACUUUCAGUGAAAAUCAUUAGUUUUCCUAGCACCAGCCAGGUCAAGUCGAACCCAAAAAAGGCAUUUUAAUGGGUUUCCAUUUGUGUUUUGGCCAAGUCUACUAAUGACUUCCUGUAAUUAACUAUACAAUAUAACGGAGGAAGAUUUCACAGUGCCUCUAGAUAACCUGGAUCAAAUUUCUUUUUGUCAUAGACAGAAACAUGUUAUUUUGCACUGAUUGAUCAUGUCUGGCAGAAUGGAACAAAAUGGAUUACGCAUGAUGAAGGGCAAAUCCUCGCCAUCUCAAAGUCUCUGAAGACGUAUCUAAAUUGGUUGGAAUUCUGUCGAUAUUUAAAUUCAGCCUUUGUCACUUCACUCAAGUCCAUCGAGAGUGAUUAUGGUUCAGAAUAAUCCUCUCUGACAUAGUCCCACCAUGACUAUGCCUGAUGAUUUCUAAAAACUCAUGUUUGAAAGUUUGAUUUAGUCCAAGCUUUGAUAGUAGCUCUGUUUAGGCCACUAUCCAGCGGAUAAUUAGAGAACUAUUUGUACUUACCUGUAAUAAUGCAGCAUCAACAGCCAUCUUUUAUUUACCUGCAGGUUGUCUUAAGGUAUAUUGAUCAAAUGAGGCACAAAAUAGCCACGCUAUAUCGACACACUGUGCAUGGUCACCAUUAUUUAUCUAAGAUGCAAUGAUGAAUCAUUUUUUAAAGUAUUGUUUCAGCAAAAUGUAUUUAUUUAUCUGGAUGUGACUGAUUACUUGAAAAUUUUAGAUUUCUUUUUCUCAGCGCUGUUCUGUACUGUUUUCUUUUGUCAUUACCAUGAAAUGAUUGACCAGUGUGAUUUAUUAUUAUUAUUAUUUUAAUGACAUAGCAUCUAUUGAUGUAUUUUGUUUUCCUUUUUUUUAGGUUUGAUUAUUCAAAAACUAUUUUCGUCAUCAUCAACACUUAUGAAGUGAUGUUUUAAAGCACACUGGCAUCUGUAGUGUUAAGGUUGUCAUUCCAAUAGAUGACAGGUGGGAUGUUGUGAAAUCAGAAACAAAAAAAUACCUGAGUUUCCCAAAGCAUUAACUUUUUUAAGUUUUUUUCUUUUACCCUUAUUAAUUACGUUAUUAUUUUCCCAGAUCUUUAAAAACAUCCUUUUCAAGAAUUCCAACCAUUUUUAAGAAGCCUCCAGUUUCUUAAAUCAUCACUUUCUUGUGGUGACUUAAGUUAAAGACAACAUAUUCAUAAAUUAAAAAAUGAAUUCAAGCCACAAUGUUUUGGGAAACUUGGUCAAAUGAGCCUCAACAUUCUCAUAAUUCACUGUUUCAAUGCCUUGCUGUGAAGAAAGAAUUGUAGAAAUUUAGAUGUAGGACAAAACUUUACAGUCAAGUUAAAUCUAUUAAGUGAAAAUCUGUAGGUGCUUAGAUUGAUGCCCACCCCAAACACACACACACACACACACACACACACACACACAUACACACAUACACACAUUCAGGCACAGUAGGCUCCUCUAUAUACUUUCUACCCUUAAAACUGCAAAAAGGGAUGUCAUAUUCCAUUUAAUUCAAACCACACCAGAGCAACAAUCAACAGAUUGAAGACAUUUUAUUUAAUAGGUAGGUUUUAUCAUUUGCAUGAAUGUGGAUCUUGAGUUUACUUUUUAGGGAUUCUGUCACUGACAUUUGAUAUGUGGAUGUUUGGAGGAAUCUGGAGAGUAACAAUACAGAAAUGCAUCUUCUAGUAGUUGCUGGAAGUCAUCUUAAGCUAUUGAGACGUCACUGAAUUGUUGAUACUAGCUGUUUCUAAGUACUAAUCUAAAAGUCCCCUGAGACUGAGUCAACCCCUCUGCACUCAUCCUUAAACUCCCCCUAUUAGAUUUUUUGAUGACUGAAGUGAAUGGUAGCAGAGGUAAACAAGUGAGGGACAGAUCAGGCAGCCCUGUAAGGUGGAGUUCAUAUUUGCAAAAAAAAAAAACUGUCACAUGCGCAGGGUGUUCCUAGGCAGCGAGUUGAAUUGUAUAAAUGCAAAAGACAGAGGGUAUAUUCAAUUAAUGAACACAUGAAAAAUAAAUUGGUGGGUUUGGAUAUCCACAUUUUUACACUUAACAGAAAUGAAUGUAACCGGGUUGCUCAGGGUUGUCUUGGAGCAUGUUAAAAACUACUGGUUCAUCAGAGCUCUGGGACUUUCAUGUACUGGAUGAUGAUGGAUACAAGAAUAUUUUGGUUUCAUUAAGCUGGGAGUUGUAACAACAGACUUUUCUCCAUUAUGUUCAACAAUCUGCUAGUUGUGAUUACUUGAAAACUAUUAUUGCAGCAAAAUUAAGUAGAUUCAGUAUUAUUUAAAGAGUGCAGUUACAUAAACCAUGUUGUCAGUGCUAUUGUUUAAGCUGUUUGUUUAAAAGAAAAAAAAAGCCUAAAAAACUUGCCUGGCUACCUAAGCUGAUUUAAAGCACCAUCACCAACAAUGUUACCUAUUCAACCACACUCAUCACCUAGAGCAACAACAGCUAACCAAAUUAUAAAACACCUGCAAUUUUCAUGCCAUCAAUUCUAGUUAAUUAGAAGAAAUUAUAAUCCAAUCUGAAUUAUGGUGUCAUGUUACACUCAAGCAUGUAACUAAAAUUGGUUCAGUGGAGUGGAGCACAGUGUCAGUUUUGGUAGCCAGGUAACUUGUAACCACAGAUGGUGCCUCUGCUGACUCCUCCCUCUCUGCACAGACCAGACCUAACAUGUGAAUGACAAAGUCAGUGCUACCAUUCACACUCCCUGCUGUUCAAGCACGCCUUGAGUAUGAAACCCUUUGCAAGUUAAGAAGUACUUGAUGAAUACAAUUUAAUAGCAGAAAAUGGCACUCUAAAUGAUUCCGGCGAAAGAUGAUUGAGAAUGAACGCUCUUAUUUUCAGUUAUCGUGUUGCAGUUUCAGUUUACUUUUGGAGUUGAAAGCGAGUUGCAAAGAUGGAUUGAUCGAUUAUCAUGUUGACUCUUGUGCAUUUUCAUAACAUUGUCACAAUGCAAGAUACCGUGGCUGUACAAAUGAGUAAAGUAAAAAUAUAUCUAUAUAUAAAAAUAUAAACUAUUAUGUAUUUCAGGGAAUGCAAAAAAGAAAACAGUAACUUAUCUCUUUUUGUGAGAGAGAGUUCCUGUAUUCAUAAUGUGCUUUGCUUCAAUCUGUAAAUAGUUGAAUGGCUUAUAAAUCUUAAUUGUAACCUUUUCAGGUAUUUUUGUACAAAUAAGGGACUGAUAUAUUCUGUUUAUUGUAAUUAGAAUAAAACAUUAAUACAUUGAUAUAAAAACCUAAA